AUGAGUACCCCUUCUACUCAACUUGAGGCACAACUUAAAGCAAAGUUGUGGUGUGUUGUAGAGGCACAGUUACGGAGUGAUUUACCUCGUAAUACAGUUUGUACUCCAAGUUUUGUCAAUGCUCUUGUUGAGUUAUGUUAUGUACAACUAGUAGAGAUGGGCAGAGACCUUGAGGCAUUUGCCCACCAUGCCUCUAGAAAUGUGAUUACUGAAGAUGACCUAGCAUUACUCUUGCGUAAGACUCCAGACCUUUUAGCUUUAUUAGAACAAUGA